AUGCUUAACCGACUCAAUCUCCUCACCCGCCACUUCUCGCGAUCAUUUAAUCCAUCCCGUCCCACCAUCCCUGCCUUCUCAGCUCCAUCACUGGCUCCUCGCUUUGGUCUCUCCGCGAUGACAUCAGCCGCCCACACGAAGCCCAUCCACACGGCAGCAUGCCUCAUCAUCGGCGAUGAGGUUCUUGGUGGAAAGACCAUCGACACCAACUCGCCGUACCUCGCCAAGUUCUGCUUCUCCCUCGGCAUCCAACUGAAGAGAGUCGAGGUCGUCCCCGAUGACGAAGAAGAUAUCAUCGAAGCCGUGCGACGCAUGAGCUCCCGCUACGAUUUCGUCGUCACCAGCGGCGGCAUUGGGCCCACACACGAUGAUAUCACCUACUCCUCAAUUGCCAAGGCAUUCAACCUGAAGCUAGAACUGCACCAGCCAGCCUUCGAGCGCAUGAAGCGCCUCUCCAAGCCCCACCCCAUGCAACCGAACUUCGACUGGGAGACACCCUCCCCAGGCCUGACGGCCAAGCUGCGCAUGGUCAAGCUACCCUUCGAUCCGAAGAUCCCCGCCCAAUUGCAAGCCGUGUUCGUCACCGAGGACAUGUGGGUGCCCAUCGCAGUGGUCAACGGCAACGUACACAUCCUGCCCGGCGUGCCGAGGCUCUUCGAGCGUCUGCUCGAGAACCUCAAGCCAACUCUGAUCCCCCGUCUGACCGACCCCGAGGGCAAGGGGACGUUCCGCAUGUUGUUCAGCACGCCGUUGCCUGAGAGUGCCGUGGCGCCGUACUUGACCGAGUUGGCGGCUAAGGUCGAGUCUCGUGGUAUCAAGGUUGGCAGCUACCCGCGCUGGGGCAAGACGCGUAAUACUGUUACUCUGGUUGGCACGGAUAAGGCUUAUAUGGAGACGUUGACUAGCGAGGUUGAGCAGAAUGUGCAAGGUAAGCUGGUUGCUAAGGAGGAUGAGUUGGAUGACCCCUCCGACACGGAGCGUGUUUACAGCCAGUAG